UUCCGGGUCGCGCCAGGCGAGCCAGGGGUUGCUGGGUUAAGAUGGCACGUAUUACCCUUGAGGAACUGAAUGAAAUGGAUGAUGAAGACCUUGAUGAAGAUGAGGAACCCAUGGAGAGGGAGGAACAGAAUAGGCUGUUUUCUCACUGGGAGGCAGUAGCUAGCACUCACCAAGUGACGCUGCCUCAAGACAUGGUAGGACCAAUAGUACAAAUGACACAACAUAACCAGACACGUGAGCCGGCACCCUACACUGCAUUGUCGCAGCAUGAGAAGUGUGAAGAGAUAGCAUAUGAAGAGCGGCUAUACCCAUCUAAGAAAUGGGCAUGCAUUACCACAGGGGAGCCCAAGUAUGAACAGAGCAUCUCCAUGGGUUUCAUGAAACUCAUGCGGUAUAUCUGCAAGGAGAACUCGUUACGCUGCCACUUGGGGAUGACGGUGCCUGUGAUCACUGAGAUUCACCUUAAUAAGGAGGGUACUGAACUGCUGCAAGAUGUCAUUACUGGCUAUUAUCUCCCAGAGGAAUUUCAGCUUAACCCCCCUCUCCCUAUGGACCCUGAAAUCCAAGUCAUAGAGAGAGCACCACUUCAGGUCAUUACAAGGGUGUUUUAUGGGAACACUACAGAAGAAACGAUCCUACAGGAGAUUCAUCUUCUCUGGGAAUUGCUGGGCUCCACUGAUAAUGUGCUCCAUGAAACCUACAUGGUGGCUACAUAUGAAAAUCCUGGUGUUCCUAAUCGUCGCAAUGAGAUCUGGUUUAUUCGGCGAGCAAACUGAAGGUUCCUAUGAAUUCCUGACAAAACUGCAAACCACCCCGUUACAGGAACCGGUUUAGAUGGCAGUUCUAGCCUGAAGGAGAUAAAUGCACAUCCUGGCUUAGUGGUCAUCCUAUAGAAUAGAUGAACCGCUUCUUUUCCCCUGGGUGCUUUAACAACUUAUGUUCCCUCCUGUGAGCUCACAGCCAAGGGAAAAACUAGUACACGCAAAUGUUCCUGAGAUGAUUUCCACACCACUACUGCAGGGGGCAGUAUGAGAUAUGCCAUUAUGAAUGGAGAUGGCUUUGGAAAAGACAAUUGGUGCCUGCUUGUGUGGGCCCCAAAUAUGUCUGUGCCAGAGUUGAAAGAAGGUGUAUUGGGAAGAAUAGGUCACAUUACAAGGGUUUAGUAUCUGGAAGUGAAUUUGCAGAGCAGGUCUGAACACCAUUGCUUUACAGCUGUGUCUGCAGCUGACAGAUGGUAAUGGCUGAGGAACAGGUUGUGACCUGAGUUAUGUAUAGAAGGAGGACUUAACUUCUGAUGCCACAGAGCAUCCUUUUUAGCCAUGUGUGAAAAAGGCUAAAUCUUUUUAUUAGUUAAUUCUCCCACAGCAGUGAAGAGCCAUUACUGCAUUUUGGGAGGGAAUUGCUUUAGUCUGCCUUAGCUGGAGUAAUUUAAACGUGUGUCCAGAAACCAGUGGGAAAUACCUGCAAAAGCCUAUGGCCUGAUGGUGAACUAAGAAGCAGAAACAAUGGAAUUUCUUCUCCUAUGGUUUACAUGAUCUUUCCCAAGAGUAUUCAAAGAGUUGUAUGUUACCCACUGGCCACCUUCUGCUUGUCAGCCAGUUGGAGUGUGUGCCCACUUCCUCUUAAUCAGGCAGCCUCAAGGGCUUGAUGUGAGCUGAGCAGGUCGUCAUCUCUGCAAGUUGUCACUGGUAGCAUUUAUAUUGCGCUGUCUUGUGUUGUGCAUUGAUUGGUUGGUUUCACACUCACAAAUGCUACAGUCCUCUUCCAAGAGAGGUCGGUAGUACAAAGCAAACAUGAAAUAAAAUCUAAA